AUGAAGGUGUGUAAAGGUGCUCUAAUGAUGAUGAAUGGGCAUAAAUUAGAUGGAAACAUUUAUGCAUUGUUUGGCACUACAAUUGUAGGUGGAGCUACAGCCAUAGAUUUUGAAUUUGAUGACACCAUUUUGCGGCAUAUGCGGUUAGGGCAUAUUAAUGAGCAUGACAUGAAAGAACUUCACAAAAGGAAACUUCUGAAGGGUAUGAAAACAUGCAAGCUAAACUUCUGCAAGUUUUGUGUUCUUGGGAAGCGGAACAUGGUGCAGUUCAAAGAAGUUAUGCACAAGAUGGAAGAUAUUCUUGAUUACAUUCAUUUUAAUGUUUGGGGGCUGAUGAGAGCAGCAUCAUGGGUCUUCUGGCCUCACAAGCUUUGCUUUUCAGUUGGGCCGAUCUCGCCUAAUGAGCUAUGCUCAUUUGAUGGGCAGUUUUCUGGCCUCACGUUCUUUGCUCGUCAGUUAGGCUGA